AAGCCCAAGAAGAUUGCAUCGGUCUCGGACUGGAUUCCCAUAUACCGCAAGUUGAAGAAGCGGAAAGCAAAACCCCAGAAAAAGCCAUCCCGAUUGAACGAAUUCCUGGCGUCGCGAUCGUUCUUCUUUCUCCGUUGGCCGGUGCUUAUCAUGACAUUUACCUGGAUCGGCUUUCUCGCGUUGGUCUACCUCAUCCUCCGAUUGUACGUCGCUUUUGUCGAGCACUCGGUGUUCUGGCGGGGCGAGAAGAAACGGCUCAGAAAUACCAUGCGAAGCUCCAAAACCUACGCCGAGUGGGUAGAGAAUGCGCAAAAGUUGGACGCAUGUCUCGGGUUGGACAAAUGGAAACAAAUCCCGAGCUUCUACUACUACGACUACCGCACUAUACGGAAAACUAUCGAACAGUUGCGAAAAUACAGAAACCCCCAGGAUGUCCAUAAAUUGAGCAUUGUCUUGCAAAACUGCUUAAAGUCGAACUUUGCAGGUACGGAAAACCCGUUACUCUACUCGCAGACGUACUACGGAACUAAGGCGAUCAUCCACGAGUAUAACGCCGAGGUUAUCACCUCCAUCGACUACUUUACCGACAGCAGUGAGGUGUCUGCUGACGAGAAACGGUGGCUCUUCAAGAUCUACUCUAAGAACUUUGGCCGUACCGCACUUUGCUUGUCUGGCGGCGCGUGCUUUGCAUUCAUGCACUUUGGGAUCGUUAAGGCGUUGCUAGAUGCGGAUUUAUUGCCGAAAAUCGUCUCUGGAACGUCUGGCGGUGGUCUUGUGGCCGCUUUAACCUGCUGCCGUACCGAUGAAGAAUUGAGACAGCUGCUUAUCCCGGAAUUGGCGCUCAAGAUCACCUCCUGUGGCGAACCGUUUCGCGUAUGGUUUCUACGCUGGUGGAAGACCGGCGCAAGAUUCGAUGCCGUGGAUUGGGCCCGAAAAUGCUCGUGGUUCACCAUGGGCGCAACCACCUUCCAAGAGGCGUACGAGCGAACCGGACGGAUUUUGAACAUCAGCACCGUGCCCUCUGAUCCCCACUCGCCUGUGAUUUUGUGCAAUGACACAACAAGUCCGGACUGCGUGAUCUGGUCGUCCCUUCUUGCCUCAAGCGCCGUCCCAGGCAUUCUCGAGCCGACGUUAAACCCGGUGGCCAACCUAGACAACCUCAAUCCCGAGGCGGAUAUUGUGCCAUUCUCCUUCGGCACAAAAUGGCGCGACGGGUCUUUACGAACGGAUAUCCCCAUUGAAUCGCUCAACACGUACUUUAACGCGAAAUACUCCAUCGUUUCGCAGGUAAAUCCCCACAUCUCGUUGUUCUUCUACGCCCCAAGAGGCAGUGUCGGGAGACCGGUUUCCCGGGGCAUCCGGAUCAAAAACUACGGAAACCCCGGGAAAGAAACCGGAGAGGGAGACCCCACGGGUGACUUGAUUUCGUCUUUACGUGGCGGGUUUGUCAGCGUGGCUUUAGAAAACUUGGUCAAGCUCGACAUCACCAAGUGGCUCAAGUUCAUCAAAUCCUUGGACUUGUUGCCCCAUCUCAUGAAACAGGACUGGUCGAACAUCUGGUUGCAGAACUUUACCGGAACCGUCACGUUGUGGCCCAAGGUGAAUCUCGGGGACUUUCCGUAUAUUCUCAGUGAUCCCAGCCCCGAGCGGUUGCAGUUGAUGAUUGAACGCGGCGAGCGCAGCGCCUGGCCGAAGCUCCUCUUUAUCAAACACCGACUUGGGAUCGAAAGGGCGAUCGAAAGGGGUAGGGAGGCUACCCGG